UGGUACUGUUGCUGCUUGUUCUAAAUGCACACAGUCAAAAAAUUGAAAUAACCUUACACAUAUAUUAAUACAUUAUAAUAUUUAGAAAAAAUAGAAAAAAUUGUGAAUUUACAAUAUGAACAGACUUAACAAGAAAUUUUUCAUCCUCCGAGAUUUUACAUAAAUACAAUAGAAAAAUAAAAUAUUUAUAAUAUACGGUUUACUUGUAACCAAUUAAAAUUAAAUAAAUUAAUUUUCAUUUGAGUAUGACAGAUGAUGAAUUAGAGUCCAAUGAAAAAAAUAUAAAGGUUUUUGUGAGAAUUUUACCACUUGAAAAAAUAUGUGAAACAUGCGCAAAAAUUGAUACUGAACAUAAGACAAUAUGCAUAAGAUGUUUACAAGAUUUGUAUACAAGGAGAUCUGCUGUAAAGAAUCAUAUUUAUUGGUGCUUUCAAACAGAUGGAAUUUUUUAUAAUGCAUCUCAAGAAGAAGUUUAUUGUGCUACAACGAAAAAUCUUAUAGAGAAGGUUUUAGAUGGUGUAAACUGUAUAUUAUAUAGUUAUGGCCAAAUUGGCUCUGGAAAAAGUUUUACAAUUGGUGGUUUCAGAAAUAACUGGGAACACAGAGGAUUGGUUAUGCGGCUUCUGUCUGAUAUGUUUGCAGAAAAAGCAAAACGAAGGAAAAUUAAUAAGAUACAGUAUCGCUUAAGUUUUGUUGAAUUACGGGGUAAAGAAGUAAAAGAUCUUUUACUUGCUAAAACAGAAAACAGAAUUAAAGUAAAUGAUACAGAUGCAUUUAAGAAUGUGACAAUAAUAAAUAUGAAGAAUCAAGAGACAGCAUUGAAGAAACUCUUUGAAGGAGAGACUAGAAGAUCUAUGAUUACUGGUUCUGUGUACCCAGCUUCCCAUUUGGGUACUGCAGUAAUAACUUUUCAUGUUUCGAGUACGAGUUUAAUCACAUCGUGGGCCGUUGUGGCGACAGCGAAAAUACAUAUUGUAGAAAUGGCAGGAACAGGAACGGUAGGAAAACGAAAUUGCAUGAAAUCGCCGCUCGAUGUGGGUGCAGCGAAUUUAGGUCAAACUCAAGUUGAACAAUUUUUCUUAUAUUUGAGAGGCUUUGAAAUAUCUACAAAGUGUAUACUACGUUCUAAUAAUCUUUUCAAAUUUUUGGGUCAAGCUCUUUCCGUUACGUCGAUACUUCGAUUUAUUGCGCACGUAUGCAUUACGAAAGAAGAUUUAGAUUCAACAUUGUCUACUUUGCGAUUUGCUUCUACAGUUUCGAAAUUACGACCGGUUAAAAUUACAUACAACGUUAGACCACAUACCGAAACAAUCAUAUUCGAACUUAAGAAAGAGAUUAAAAUGUUGAAAAGAGAACUGGAAUUAAAUGAAAUAUUUUUUAAUCAGGAAAGAACAAUGAAUAUAUCAAAGUUAAGAUACGAACAAAUGCAUCGUGACGUAUUGAAUUUUUUAAAUGGUACAUUAUCAGAUUUAACGUUAUACAGUGUUUCGCAGAUGGAAAUAUUAUUAAAAGUUAUUAAAAAUUUAUAUCACAAAUUGAAACAAGCCGAGAUUGAUAACGUUUUGAAAAAUAUAGAUCAAAUAACUUCUUCAACGAACUUAUCGGAAUCUAAUAAUAAGAUCGUUUUACCAUCCAAGAAUAGCUCAAUUUUGAAUAAAAGUCAAAAUGCUGGAUCACAUUUUUCACAAACAAGUAAGGAUAUCAUUCAAAGUUUAAAAACGGAGCAAGUGGGUGUAUUAAAUGAUACAGGUAUCACAUUAGGGAAUUCUAAUAACGAGGAAUUUGAAAAAAUUAUAAAAAUACAUAAACGUGAAAAUUCUUCAAAAGUAAAUUCGCUAAAUUUUAACGUAAUAGAUGUCCACGAACAAUUUAAAGAGAAUAAUGAACUUUCGGUUCACUCUGUCGAAGGAGAAAAAACUAUGGAAGAUUUGAAAGAUAAAUUCUAUCAAUUACAAAAUACGAUGCUACGUAUUAUCGAGACUAAACAUCAACCGAAGAAGCCCAUGAUCGUGCGGAAAAUGUGUAAAAAUUGAGUAGUAUUCAGUGAUAUUAAAUAAUGUAAUAAUAUAAUUUAAUAGAUAAUAGAUGAUGCGUAUAAUGCAAUGUAAGUUUAUAUUUAUCUAGAUCAAACGAAGACUUAUGAGAUGUUCAUAAAACUUGGAAUAAAAAAGGUUCUUUAAAUUGA